GCCUGCGCAGAAGCGUCUCUUGCGUUCGUCUGCCCAAUCUCGCCGCUCUUCCACAUAGCCCCCCUCCUAUCCCUCAUCGGAACCCUUCAGGGCCGCGGCAAGCAUAAGCCAGAGCCCCGGACGGAGGAGCGGGCAGGCAACGCGUAACGGGACGGAGCGGCUCCGAAGCCAUCCACUCGCCCCGGCGAGAGACUUCUCCUGACUAUGGACUCCUAAGGGCCUCUAGCUCUGCCCGUCCCCCGAGUGACGGAGCGGAGCCUGCAGGAGGUGGGGAAAAACAGGCAGUGGCGACCUCUCCGCGUCGAAGCCUCAAGUCGGGCUGGUGCCGCGUGGCGGUUUAAAGAACCCAAAGCCAAACAGUGAAUAACAAAAGACAUGAUGAUCGUAGGGACUGGAGUUGCUUCAGUGCCUGAGCUGGGCUCCUCAGCUAGCACUCCUGUUACAGCUUCCAACUUAUCCUGGCUGCCGGAGGAUGGCAGCCCCACUGUUAUGGAGCAACCAAUAUUUCUGAUGACCACAGCUGCUCAAGCCAUCUCAGGUUUCUUUGUGUGGACAGCACUGCUAAUCACCUGCCAUCAGAUCUACAUGCACCUACGCUGCUACAGUUGCCCCAAUGAGCAACGCUAUAUUGUCCGGAUCCUUUUCAUUGUGCCCAUUUAUGCUGUUGACUCUUGGCUCAGCCUCCUUUUCUUCACCAAUGACCAGUACUAUGUUUACUUUGGCACCGUGCGAGAUUGCUAUGAAGCUUUUGUAAUCUACAACUUCCUUAGCCUCUGCUAUGAAUACCUUGGUGGGGAAAGCUCCAUCAUGUCUGAGAUCAGAGGGAAGCCUAUUGAGUCUAGCUGUAUGUAUGGGACUUGUUGCUUAUGGGGAAAGACAUAUUCCAUUGGAUUUCUGAGAUUUUGCAAACAGGCAACUCUGCAAUUCUGUGUGGUGAAGCCCCUCAUGGCAAUUAUUACAGUUGUCCUUCAGGCAUUUGGGAAGUAUCGUGAUGGUGACUUUGAUGUCACAAGUGGGUAUCUCUACGUGACAAUCAUUUACAAUAUUUCUGUCAGCUUGGCCCUCUAUGCCCUCUUCCUCUUCUACUUCGCCACACGUGAACUGCUAAGUCCCUACAGUCCUGUCCUGAAAUUCUUCAUGGUCAAGUCUGUUAUUUUCCUGUCCUUCUGGCAAGGAAUGCUGUUGGCCAUCUUGGAGAAGUGUGGUACAAUCCCUAAGAUCCACUCCGCCAAUGUAUCUGAGGGGACAGUGGCUGCUGGCUACCAGGAUUUCAUAAUCUGUGUGGAAAUGUUCUUCGCAGCCAUUGCCUUGCGUCACGCGUUCACAUACAAGGUCUAUGCGGAUAAGCGUCUUGAUGCACAAGCUGUUCCAUCAUAUGGGCCAUAUGGCCGUUGUGCCCCUAUGAAGAGCAUCUCUAGCAGCCUUAAGGAGACUAUGAAUCCCCAUGACAUUGUGCAGGAUGCCAUCCACAACUUCUCCCCUGCCUACCAGCAGUACACUCAACAGUCAACCCUAGAACACGGGCCACCCUGGCGUAAUGGAGGUCACAUCAUCUCACGUUCCCACAGCAACUCUGGUGCCCGUGACAAUGAAAAGACCCUGCUCCUGAGCUCAGAUGAUGAGUUCUAAGGAGGUGAUGGAUCACAGUGCACCCCGGAACUUUUCCUUUAUUUAUUGAACCAGCAACGCAGGUCAUAUCCCCCCCCCUUUUUUUUAACUGGUGCUCAAGUCAGGAAUGGGCACUUCCUGUUGCCAAUUGCAGGCAUGGACCAUUGUGGUUAAUAUGGGUGGUUUGGACUUUCAUUCCUAGAUUCUCCUCUAAAGGCUUAACUGGAGCAUGUUUCAUUUAAUAAGGAAGAUCUAGAGAAUACUAAAUCCUCCUGACAUAGAAUAGAGCAGUGGUCCAGGAAGAGCAGAACAUGCUUUCUUUUGGGUGUUUUUUUUUCUGUUUUUCUGUUUUUUUAAGAGGAGGACUGGGGCUAGAGGGGAUAAGCAUGAGAAACUUGAAGAACUUGGGCUGUAUCUUUACCCAUUUGUUAAGCUGUUUGGAAUGUGACUGGCUGAAAUCAGAAGCAGCUGAAAUUUGUUUUCCACACUGCACUACUAAGAUGUACUUCCAUACACUUCCUAUUUCUUAGUAGUUAUUUGGGAUAUAUAGGUGGAACCCUAUGCUUCAACACUGCCCCAUUAUUAACUUUGACUAAUGUAUGGAUUGUAAUUGGAAUCCCCUUUGGUACAUUCCAUAUGUGAUCUGCCUCUGCCAAUGAUCAGCACUGCACAUUUCAGAAUGGAGCAAUAUUCUUCUUUAGAACAGGGGAGAAAAUAAAGAGAAAUGACUUCACUGAAAUAGUGACCAGACAAAGCCUCUUUCUCCUUGUUGAAGUAUGUUUGAGAGUUGAUUUUGUGGCACAUAUUUGGCUCAACAUUUCAAAACAUUACACGGCACUUCCUGAAAAUCUGUAUUUGUGCCCCAUCUGUGCAAGAAAACUUGUUUGGCAGAAGGUAAAGAUCACAACUUGGAGGGAAUCUUACAUGGCAUGCUGCCCAUUAUAUAGGAUGUAGAUGCCAAGUGGGUAAAAUAUGCGCCUAAAACGCGCCUCUUGUCCAUAUACUUCUAAUGGAUGAGGAGCACUCCUUCAGAUGUGCAUUUGAUGCAUGGUGUCUGAUCUAGCCACAGAAUUCAUACACAGAUGUCUUUCCUGCACAGGUCUGCUGGUUAGUUCAUGCCUCUGUUUCUAGUUUUCUCUAGUCAUUAUCUCAUUCUCUCUUGCAUUCUCUCGUGGAGGAGUUCUACUCACACAGACACUAAGGUGUCUUUACUGUAUCUAAACUUCUUCCUAGAGAUGCAUAUCCUUGUGCUUCAAAUUUCAGAACAUUUGUUGUAAGUUACCAGUUCUCCUUGCUGUUUUCAACAUUUUACUUUCAUUAAGAGUUAAUUUUAAAUGCCAGUGGGAUAUAGUUUGCCUGAGUUGGUGAAUGUUCCAUCUUCUUUUCCCCCAUUCUUAUAUUGGGCCUGUUGCAGUUUGGCCAGUAGAUGAAAACAUACCAAGGUAGUAUGUAGUUAGAUAUUAUAGAAGGCCAGUACAUUCUCUACAUCCCAAAUGAUUUUUUUAAAUGUAUGUUGGUUUUCUCUGGACUUUGUUAUGCUUGGCCUGAAAUUUUAUUAAAGAUUGCUAUGUGAUAAUUGUAAGACCCAUUUAUAAACUGAAAACAUGCCAGUUGCUGUUUUUACCAGACAGCUCAGUGUGUUGAUAAUUUAAAGCUGUAAAGGACAAUAGAAUUACUUGCCGUGUAAUGCACUUUUCUGCUACUGUUGUGGUUAAUAGUGCCUGUAUUAACCCUGCCCACAAAAAAGGGGAAUAACAUUAGACCUCUUCUUUCACUGACACCUUUCUCAAUUCCUCUUCCUAUCCACUACCAGUUAUGCUGAUUCUAUUCUAAGCUGCUAUAUGUCUGUUCUCCAUAUUUUGUGGCUAUUGAGCACCCGCACUCUUAUAGUGCUUCUGUGGUGAGUCUGGAUAGAAAUGAGGAUCUCUGGGGUUUAGUGCUUUUGUUGUUGUUGUUGUUGUUCCUUUUCUCUGUGCCUUAAUAUUCUUGCUCUCACACAUGCCCCAAAUCAUGGUUAAUGCAGCUCUCAGGAGCAGUCACGACACUUCUUGUCCAGGUUGUUCUUGUUUAGACAAGAGUAUGUUUGCUUGGAACUCAGAAGGUUUGCUGAUACUUGCAGUUCUUCUUCCUGGAGGCAAGGUUGUAUUGCUGAUGGGGCUUGCAUUUUGCUCCUUCCAGAAGAAACUGGAUAGGAGAUGGGGCGCAACAGCUCCAUUCAUAUUCCCUGCUCGAAAGAGCCAGAGGGGUUGACAACUCAGGUGAAGAGAGAAGUAGUAGAAGAGAGAUCUAAAAGUAGCAUGUUUCUGUAAAUACAGAAUCAUCCCUCUCUUGGUAGUUACACCUGUGCAAUAUAUUAUUGUGGUUAACUUUGAAAAUACUGUUGCUUUUUUUUUAAGGAACCCUCAGACCCACAUGCUGUCAGUUUAUAAGUGUACCCCGUGGGUAAGUUGUAGUAUACCAAACAGUGAUUUGUGCUACUUUAAGUGGUAGCAUUAUCCUAAGCCAUUUCUGCCUUCUCUUCUAACACUAGAUUUUGCUGAAUUGAACUUCUGUGAGACCUCCUUAUAGCACCUUGCCAUAAUAUCACAACUACAUUUUCACAGUUGUGCAACUCUCGAUGCAGAAAGACUACAUAUAGCCUCUUGCGUCAGUUGUGGAACUGAGCUUAGGUCCCUAUAUCUUUGGGAAAGGAUGGUGUUUGAUGCCAUCAGUAGGACUUUCUCAUGUAAUGGUAUGAUAUACAGCCUUGUGAUGCAGAGAGCUCUCUGAAAUUAUAUUUUAAUUUGUUGUUACUUUUCACUCUAAUGUUGGAUUAUAGAAGAUGUUGCCCUAUUUUGACAUACCUGUUUAUGUGGGACCAUUUCCCCCCCAGCCUAUUAAACUUCUGUACUUAUGUUCCCAUUUGCAACAGACAUCAUUAUAUUUAUUUGUGACAAGUCAGCAAGGUGAGCCCCCCUUUUGUAUGGGAUGGGUGAAGAGCAUGGCUGAAGUCUGUACUGCUGACUUGUAGAUAUUUCAGCAGCUGGGAGGAGUUCUCACUAUAUAUUUUAUUAUUUUUAAAAAUGCAUAGCUUAUAUAAAUAUAUAUUGUGCAGAAGAGCUGGCUUUUCUUGAAGCUUCCUUUAAGUAAUGGUUUCAAGUAGGUAUAACCCCCUCAAAGGAAGUACAAGGUCCAGUAGUAACAGCACUUCCCAACCUGGGACUCUCCAGAGGUUGACCUUCCAUGCAGCAGUGAUCAUGCAAUCCAGUUUGAGUUUCUCAGAGAAUGAUCAUUCUAAUAUACAUGUGUAUACAUCAAUCCCAACAAAAUACACCUGGUGCCUCUCUCAUCUUUGCCCACCAUCUCUUUCCACUCCUUGUUUUUUACCAUGUAACAUACCCCUCAAAUUUCAUUUUUACUAUUUUUCCAUGUAGUUUAGAUAUUUGUAUAUAAAUGACUGGAGGAAAAUACCCUGUAUGAUAAGAAAGAGUUACCUAGUUUUGUACCUAUCAUGUAAUAACUGAUGUGUGCUCAGAGAUAAACUGUUGUCUCUGUUUUGUCUUUGUGAUGUUAUACUGCUCUGAAGAACAAGAAAAUAUGAUGAAUAAAAUUAUAGAGAUAAUAUAGAUUUA